AAGGUUUCAGUAUACAAAAGCCAAAAAGUAAAUCAAUCAAGAGAGAACAUAUGACAGCCAAUAAUGAACGUAUCUUUAUCAUUGGCGGUACUGGUAACGUUGGUACUACCCUCGUCCGUGAGCUACUUGCCAAGAAUGCUGCUGUAACUCUGUUUACACGUAACCCUGACAAGGCCAAUGCUCUCUUCUCAAGCAAUCCUCUUAUUCGUAUUGUCCAAGGCGAUCUUCAAAAUCUCACAGUACUAAAGGAAGCCAUCAAGGGCCACACGAGACUGUUCAUUCUGGUUGGCGGCCUAGACGACGGUCUUCCCAUCAAAACGGCUAUUGCUACCUAUGGUUAUGAAGCAGGCGUUCGUCAAGUCGUGGAUAUUUCAAGUGUUUACGCAAGCGCAUCAACAAGAGGAACCUUUAUGGGUGAUUUCAGUCAGCGAGAGGAAGAGGAGAUAUUGAAGAUUCCUAACCGUGGAUACUUUGUUGCCUUACGUCCUGGUCGGUUCAUGUCAAACAUGUUUUUUGUUGAUCCUCCCAGAGAUAAUGAGAUUACAGAUACCUCUGAACCUGAUGAACUUUGUGGAUGGAUAUCACCUAAUGAUAUUGGCGCUGUAGCUGCUGUGGUGUUGACUGAUGAUGUAGAAAAACACAAGGAUUUUGUUUAUGAAUUGAAUGGUGAUGCUGUAACAGGAAAUCAACGCGCUGAGAUCUUUACUCGCAUACUCGGUCGAUCAAUCACAUAUAAGAAGGUCUCUGCUGUUGAAUACUACAACACAUUCACCACAAAAGUAUUUCCAAAUAAUCAUCGUAUGGGCUAUGACUUGGCUACCAAAAAAAUUUGCUUUGACAAGAAUUUUUCUACAGUAACUGAUGGCAUCGAAAUCUUGCUGGGCAGAAAGCCAGAAACAGUGGAAGAGUUCCUCAUCAAGAAUAAGCAUCGUUUUAAAUAAAGAGCCAAGCCAGCCUCUCCCUUUUGUUUAGUUGACUUCUUUUUACCUUACUAGAUUGCUCAUGUAAAACUAUCUUGUCCUAUAAAUGACAUUGUGUAAAGAGAAAAUAUAAAAUCAUAGAUAAUAAAGAAUAAUAACCACAUUUAUUUAAGAC